UCAUUUUUUCACCAGACUCUAGCUAGCUAAUUUCAUACAAAUUACAAAGUUAAAAAGAUCGAACGCUAUGGCUCAAAUAGCAAAGAUGGAGGUCCAGGCUGAGAUUAAAGCCAGUGCCGACAAGUUCUACGAAAUCUUUCUUAGCAAAGGGUACCUGUUGCCCAAGAUGUGCCCUAAUGUCAUAAAGGACCUUCAGGUCAUCCAAGGUGACUGGGGCUCUGUGGGCUCAGUCAAGCAAUGGACUUACUUUGCUGCAGACAAUGUUUCUGAGGUUUCUAGAGAGACAAUUGAAGCCAUAGAUGAGAAAAGCAAAUCAGUGACUUUCCGAACAGUAGGAGGACAGUUGGCGAAAUGCUACAAGAGUUUCAAGGCUACGGUUCAAGUCACACCAAAGGUUAGUGGGGGAUGCAGCAGCUCAUCAGUGAAAUGGACCGUCGAGUAUGAGAAGUUGACGGAAGGUGUUCCGGUUCCUCAUAAGUACAUGGACUUUUUGGUUCUUCUGACUAACAAUAUUGAUGCCCACCUUCUCAAUAAUAAAUUAAUUAAUUAGAAGACGAUUUAUGUACUCUAUUUUUUAUUUCUGGCAUACUCUUUUAGUAACCACAAAAAUAUAUAUAUAUAUAUACAGCGAAAACCAAAAUCAAGAGGAGGUGUGCAUAAGAAGAAAAAUAGUCAUAUAGUAUGGUACGUAUAUAAAAGCUGGCCAGGGUGCUAGUGGGAAGCUUUAGCAUCUCCUUUUAAUUUCUUGCUUCUUCUAUGUAUUAAUGGUAAUGGAUAUCGAUAUUUCUAA